AUGGGGAGAAGAAUAUUGAACGAUGCCUUGAGAACAAUCGUCAAUGCCGAAAAGAGAGGCUUCGCUUCGGCGGAGCUCAAGCCUAUCUCUAAUGUAAUGGCUUCUUUCCUUCAAAUCAUGAAAUACCGAGGGUAUAUUAAGGAUUUCCAAGUCCAUGAUCCACAUAGGGUGGGGAGGAUAACUGUGGAGCUGCUGGGGAGGAUUAAUGAUUCUCGGGCUAUCACUUAUAGACAGGAUAUCAAGGCUCAUAACAUCAAGAGUUACAAAACAGACACUCUUCCUACUCAUCAGUGGGGCUAUGUUGUAAUUACAACACCAAAUGGAGUUUUGGAUCAUGAAGAGGCAAUUCGACAAAAUAUUGAACAGGAGCUGAAGUUCCACUUUGAUUCUGUGCCGAAUUCUGAAUUGGCGUGGUACCCUUACUGUUAUUAUUAUUGUUGCCUGAUGUCGUUGCACCCUUUGGAGUAG